AUGCCUUCUGCAGAGACAAAACCGAGGACCUUAUACGACAAGGUCUUCGAUGACCACAUUGUUAACCAGCAGGACGAUGGCACUUGCUUGCUGUAUAUCGAUCGGCAUCUCGUCCAUGAGGUGACCUCGCCCCAGGCUUUUGAAGGUCUGAAGAACGCUGGUCGCAAGGUCCGCCGGCCGGACUGCACUCUGGUGACUGUCGACCACAACAUUCCCACCAGCUCGCGGAAGAACUUUAAGAAUGCCGCGGAUUUCAUCAAGGAAACCGACUCCCGCCUUCAAUGCACAACCCUCGAGGAGAAUGUCAAGGACUUCGGUCUCACCUACUUCGGUAUGGGCGAUAAGCGCCAGGGCAUUGUCCACGUUAUCGGCCCUGAGCAGGGCUUCACCCUUCCCGGAACGACCGUCGUUUGCGGUGACAGUCACACCUCGACCCACGGUGCCUUCGGUGCCCUGGCUUUCGGUAUCGGAACCAGUGAAGUCGAGCACGUCCUCGCGACCCAGACCCUUCUGACCCGCCGAAGCAAGAACAUGCGCGUCCAGGUCGACGGCCAGCUUCCCCCUGGUGUGACAUCGAAGGACGUUGUUCUCCACAUCAUUGGUGUUAUUGGUACUGCUGGUGGCACUGGUGCUGUCAUCGAGUUCUGCGGAUCUGUCAUUCGCGGUCUUAGUAUGGAGGCACGUAUGUCAAUGUGUAACAUGUCUAUCGAGGGUGGAGCCCGUGCUGGCAUGAUUGCACCGGAUGAGAUCACCUUUGAGUACCUCAAGGGUCGUCCUCUUGCUCCUAAGUACGGCAGCGCCGAGUGGAACAAGGCCGUCAACUACUGGUCCUCCCUAAAGUCGGACGCCGAUGCCAAAUACGACAUUGACCUCUUCCUUGAUGGCAGCGACAUCAUCCCCACCAUCUCCUGGGGUACCUCUCCUCAGGAUGUCAUCCCGAUCACUGGUGUUGUCCCCAGCCCAGAUGACUUUGAUGACGAGAACCGCAAGGCCUCUUGCAAGCGGGCUCUUGAGUACAUGGGUCUCACGUCUGGUACCCCUAUGAAGGACAUUGUCGUGGACAAGGUCUUUAUUGGAUCUUGCACCAACUCUCGUAUUGAGGAUUUGCGUGCUGCUGCCAAGGUUGUCAAUGGCAAGAAGAUCGCCGACAACAUCAAGCGCGCCAUGAUUGUUCCCGGAUCGGGCUUGGUUAAGGAACAAGCUGAGGCCGAGGGUCUCGACAAAAUCUUUACCGAUGCUGGUUUCGAGUGGCGUGAGGCUGGUUGUUCCAUGUGCCUCGGCAUGAACCCGGACAUUCUUUCCCCCAAGGAGCGGUGUGCCAGUACCUCCAACCGUAAUUUCGAGGGUCGUCAGGGUGCCCAGGGUCGUACCCACCUGAUGUCCCCUGCCAUGGCCGCCGCAGCCGCCAUCGUUGGCAAGCUCGCUGAUAUUCGUGAGCAUGUGGUUCCCAGCCCUGUUAUUGCCAAGGUCCAGCCCCAUGUCGACAUCCAGCCCGAGGCCGACUCCCCUCAGACUGAAGAUGAGCUUGACCGUGUUCUGGACCUUCCCGCCGAUGAUGAGCCCCAUACCAACACUUCUGCUGGCGGUAGCAGUGCUGGCCUUCCUAAGUUCACUAUCCUUAAGGGCACUGCCGCUCCUCUGGACCGUGCUAAUGUCGACACCGAUGCCAUUAUCCCCAAACAGUUCCUGAAGACCAUCAAGCGUACUGGUCUGGGCUCUGCAGCUUUCUAUGAACUCCGCUAUCACCCUGAUGGCCAGGAGAACCCCGACUUUAUCCUGAACCAGGGUGUCUACCGGAACUCCAAGAUCCUGGUUGUGACAGGUCCCAACUUCGGCUGCGGUAGCUCCCGUGAGCACGCCCCCUGGGCUCUGCUGGACUUCGGCAUCAAGUGUAUCAUCGCUCCUUCCUUCGCCGAUAUCUUCUUCAACAACACCUUCAAGAACGGCAUGCUCCCUGUCGUUGUUUCGGAUGAGGUUGCUUUGAAGAAGAUUGCCGACGAGGCCCGCGCUGGCCGCGAGGUUGAGGUUGAUCUCCCUAACCAGGAGAUCAAGGAUGCCGAGGGUAACAAGAUUGCCGCCUUUGACGUCGAUGGCUUCCGCAAGCACUGCCUCACCAAUGGCUUGGAUGAUAUUGGCCUCACUCUCCAGGUGGAGUCUAAGAUUCGUACCUUCGAGGCUCAGCGCAGCCUCCAGACCCCUUGGUUGGAUGGAAGCGCCUACCUUCGCCGUGAAAAUCGUGGUGCCACCAAGAUUGACGCCGCCCCUGUGCCCAAGACCAACCGGGGUGAUGUUAAGGGCGAGCCGCUUGAGUGGUAG